UGUUAAUCAUAGUAAUCAAUAGUGAUUUAGGUCUAAUUUACUGCGUCAAACUGGAAAACACUCAUUUGAACUUUCGCCAAGAAACGUUUAGUGGGUUACCAUAUGACGGUUCGUAACGUUUAAAAUUGACUACACAGCACCGAGAUGUCACUUGUUCCACGUUCGAGUAAAACAGAAAUCCUGUACCAUUUGCUUUUAAGGAUUUCAAGCGCGGCGAGUUAAAAUUGUGAGAGUGUGUUAUGGAUGUCCAUGAGGAUGAUAUCAGCAUCCUCCCAGACACUGAGGAGGAUCAGAUUACCAUUAGUGAGGAUGGAAGCGGCCUCUCACCAUUCAGACUGACCUCCGUAGACAUCCCAGCCUCUACCCACGCACUUCAGACGGCCUACAGAGACCUGAAAAAACGCUAUAAUGAAUCUGAGCAGCGAUACAGAGCUCUAAGAAGGCAUACGCGAGAAAACAGCACCCAGAGAAUGGCUUUUGACAAUAGUUUUCUGUCUGGGGAGAAUUGUCCCCCAUUUGGGGCAGGAAUGGGAGAGCAGGGGGCAGCAGCGAUGGCUGACCAAAGUGUAGAGGAUCAAGCCAAGCAGGGACUCAUCAACCACCUAACGCGUCAAAUUACUGUAGCGGAGACAAAGUACUCCAUACUGGAGGCAGAACUUAAACACACCAGACAAAAACUGGAUGAAUUUAGGUCAAAAUAUGGGGCUAGUUCUCAGGAAAGAGACAGACUUAAAUCUGAACUGUCCAGUAAGUCAGUAGAAUGUGAAGAAGGGAAAGUCCGGGCAGCUCGAGAAGUAGCCGAGUUAAAAGUGACGAUAAGGAAUUUAAAUCAAGAAGUGAACAGACUUAAAGAAGCGUUGAAUUCCAAAGAUGACAUGGUUCAGAGCUUACAACAACAGUUUGAGCGCUUAGUGCUCUCAAAAUCUUCUGAGCCAAGUGCAUUACCAAAUGAGUACCCAUCCAGUUAUCCUGGUCAGAAAGGUGUGGUCAGUGUGGCUGAGUUCCAGGCUGUGAAGGAGCGUAUGAAGCAGUGCCAGGAAAGUAUGGAGACGCUGAAGCGUGUGGUGGAUCAGCAAAAUGAGCUGAUCCGGCUGCUACAGGCAGACCAACUCUCUAAAGAUUCUAAAGACUGGGAUGUUGUAUAUACAACAGACUUCACUAAUCCUGUAGAAACAAAAGAUUUGAGUAGAUUGAAAAACGUCCAUCAAAAUAUGGCUUCACCCACUGAAACGUCUGAUUUGUCUGUAGACCAAGCUUUUUCUCCUACGAAUGUAAAGCAAGCAGAUUUCCCAGAAGUGUCGGGUCAUCUGAGUGAAGGUCUGGUAUCAAGAUCAUUGAGGGUUCAGGAUGUACCAGUGUAUCCAGGAAAGUUUGACCACAGCUGGGAAAACAGCAAACAGUUUCAUUUUGGUAGGGAACAAACAGAUACCGUAUAUUCAGCGAUCUCACCUAGCUCUUCUCAAAACCAGUUAGCUGACACAGCUCGUCAUCAGAAGAUUCCUGUCCAAGGCUCUGAUCUGGGAACUGACUUGUCUGAUGUUGUGAGAAGGCCGCAACCUUUGGAGAACAGCUUCACCUAUGCAGAGCCCCAUCCUCCCUCACGGGCCAACAGGAAUGACCGGUCCUGCCCAGUGUGCACGGUGAACUUCUCCCACCUCACCAUGGCAGAUUUCCAGAACCACGUCUUUGAAUGCUACGACAACACUGAAUCAGGAGAAAUGACAAGAGCACAAAAUGCAAUGGGUAAUACAGGUGUCCAGGCCACUGAAACAGGAGAAGACAACUCAGGCACACGGGUGUGCCCAGUGUGCCUGACAGACUUUCAUGCAGACAUACCACAGAGCGUGUAUGAAAGGCACGUUUAUGAACAUUUUGGUGAACCACCCAAUAUUGUGGACGAUUUUGCUAUACUAAACCCUGAGUAGUCACAUCGUCCACUCUGAAGAAGCUCUUGUAGUAUAGACUGAACCAUAUAUAAAUGUUUAUAUUUUAGCUGUGAAGCGAAAUAGGGUGUAGGUUUUAAUGUAAUAAUAGAAUUAAUGUGUUAAAAAAAAUAUGAGUUUGCUGCACCUGAAUGUUUAGGCACUGGGCAGGCUUUACAAAUACCUGUACAUGCACUUGGUAUCAAUCACUGUAUAAACUUUUGAUCUAGUACAAGUUAAGUCUGUUCUUCCAUUUCUUGUGUACCUCCAGCCCAUGUAUUGAUAUAGCACGAUAGUGGUGACUGACCUUAAAACUUAUAUGACUCACCCUAUUCUGUAUUCUGUUCAACAUGCUAUGUCAUGUGUGUACUGUGAUACAUGUCAUGAGUGGGUAUGUAUGGCAUUCUGUUCGUGUGAUACAUGCUAUUAGCAGUUGUGAAUUCUGGUCCUAAACAUAACACAUUCUGUAUGUUUUAUCACCAUUAUGUGAAUACUGUGUCACGUGUCAUCAAUGUACUGUGUCAUUUGCAAUUUCAUAUGUGUGCUGUUUAAUUGUUUAAUUUAUUAACAAAGAGCAGUCUGUGGAAUUAGGCUUAAGUGUGAGAAUCUUCAUUAGAAUUUAAAUAGUGAUGAUAUUUUUUACACAUAUUGUGGUGAGGAGAGGAAAAAUGUGUACAUAUUGAACAACCUUUUUGUAUCAACCACCAAAAUUACAUUAACACUACCUUGUCUAAUAAGGAAAUGAAGCUGGACCUCUGUUAACGUAAGUGCCUUUUUAAUGGUUGAAGCUUUGAGUGUCUGAAACUAUCUAGUUUUUCCCUGCCUGUGUGUCAUUAAUAACACCAGGGUGUAUCUUAAGGCUAAGAAUGUGAUCAUUUGGACAAAACAGCCACCACAAGAUGAAUUUUCCACAUGUUGGGUUUUUAACAUUUUUUAACCACUAAAAAAAUAACUAAGCCACAGAAAAAAGGACAAGGUAUCUUUUUUAGGAAUCUAAUGCAGAUUAAACUGAAUAUUUAAUAAACGUUAUACAGAAACUUGCAGGAAUAUGCCUCCUGCUUUCUGGAGUUGAAUUAUGUAUGGCAAGCCAUCUAGAACGUUGAAGAGGUUCAAAUUGAAGUGUGUGUGGCAUGUGAUCUUUCUCCCAAAGUUACCGUAGCCAUAAGUUUAGUCUUAAACUGGUCAUGUAAACAUUUAGCCUAAUUAGGGUUUACCUAGCAGCAACACUCAACUCAAGAACUAGCCACACAUUCAGGUUAACUAGCCACAAGUUUAAACUUUAAUAACACUAUAUGCAUUUAGGCUUUGCCUAGCCACAAAUUUAGACUUUAAUAACUAACCACACAUUUAGGCUUUGCCUAGCCACAAGUUUAGACAUCAAUAAUUAGCCACACAUUUAGGCUUUGCCUAGCCACAAGUUUGGACUUUAAUAACUAGCCACACAUUUAGGCUUUGCCUAGCCACAAGUUUAAACUUUAAUAACUAGCCACACAUUUAGGCUUUGCCUAGCCACAAGUUUAGACAUUAAUAACUAGCCACACAUUUAGGCUUUGCCUAGCCACAAGUUUAGACAUUAAUAACUAGCCACACAUUUAGGCUUCAGCUAUCCAUAGCUUUAGGCUAAACUAGGCACCCAUUUAGAUGUUAACUAGUCACACAUUUAGGCUUUAACUAGCCACACAUUUAGGCUUAUGAAAACAUCUAGAUGUUAUCUACCCACACAAUUAGGCUUUAAAUAUACAUGUAGGCACACCAUGUUUCUCUAACUUUCCUUCUGGUUAGGCUUAAGCUAGCCGCAUGUGUAAUCUUUAACCCUCCAGCACGCCCAUUAUUGACUAUUGUGUUUUCUGCAGGGGAGUAUCCCUUACCAUAUGUCCAAAUUAUUUAACAGAAGUAUUGAGGAUCUCUUUUUUUUCUCUUGUUUAAACUAAGCCUUCUGACUUUUUUCUUCCCCAAUUAAAUGAAAUAAAAUUAUAACAGUGUCCAACAGCAUUAUACAAAUCCAUGUUAUAUAUUCAAUAUUUUAAAUAUUUGUAAAAUACCCCUAAAACCAGGAUGUGUUCAGCCAUUCCCCAAAUUUUACCAGUGUGGGAAGCAUAAGUACUUUUCAUUGCCUUCAUUCCAUAGUAAUCAUUUAUUUAUUUAUUUGAUUGGUGUUUUACGCCAUACUCAAGAAUAUUUCACUGAUAUGACCGCGGCCAGCAUUGUUUCUCCUCCUUGCACCCUUCACUUUGCAGGGUAUAUUCCUUCAUACAUGUGAGUAGCAUGUUGUGUCGAGAGAAGUAUGAGUGGGGUGUUCAUGUUUUAUGUGCAGAAUGGUUUGUGUCUUACAUCUGUAUGCUUAAAAGAGGAUUUUAAUCAAACUGUAUUGGAUAGAUUAAAAAAAGGGGAAUUUAUGUAGGAUCAGGAACUUUUAAGUGUUUAAUUGUUUUCUCCUUUGUUGGUUAAAAAAUUGUAAAUUCUACUUCUACAUGUUGUUGUAGUAAAGUGGAUGGGAGCGGAGUGAAGCCUUUAAGUUAUUAUCCUGCACAGAUUUCUCUCAUCUGUACUAUUGAAUGAGAUAAAUAAGAAUAUCAUCAACAGUGACACAAUUUUCAUUUAUUAAUUGUAUGAUAAAUACUCUUGGCAAAUUUAUAUCUUGAACAUUGUAUUUUGUGCUCUUUUUGAUGUCCGUUGUUGCCAGAUUAUUUCACUUCAUCCUUAAGGGAUGUCAUGAGCGUGCAGAUACAUACAUGUCGUUGUCUGUAAGUCACGGCAGACACAAGAGGUGGUGGUUUUAUCAACUACAACCUAAAACAGGGAAUUUUCUAUGUUCCACGGUUCCCCAACAGUACUCUUGAACCUGUGGUGACAAGGAGUGAUCAACUGUCCCCGUAGGACUGUCUUGUUGAGGUUAAAUGUUUUAUUAUAUUGUUACAAGUAUGCUGGGUAUCACUUGCCUUCCAUGGAAAUGACACUCACAUUGGGUGAGCCCCUUGGAGGGUCAAAAAGCUGCUAACUGAG